GAAAAAUAGUUCUCUUGCACGAAAACGUUUAGUUCGAGUGAUCUUGUCAAAAAGAGAUUCUGAUUUCUCUUGGGGUUAUAGUCCAUCGGGAAAACAUAAUUUCUCAAAUCCUAAGUUUGAAUCGAAGAAUUCUCUCAAAAUUAUUAUACAAAAAGUUCAACAUGGUUCUUUCAAAACCUUUAAUGAAGGUUCUUCAAAUUUAUUUUAGUGAACUAUACACUAAUCCUAUUAGAACCAAUGCAAUAACUGGUGCUCUGAUAGCCGCAGGAGGGAAUUAUGCAUCGCAAUUUUUAGCUGGGAAAAAAGUUAUCAACAACCAAACCAUCUUAGCUUAUGGAGCUUUUGGUCUCUUAUUUGGAGGUACCAUCCCUCACUUUUUCUACUUAGGUUUAGACCAUAUGGUCUCUGAUGAAGCAGCAAUGGCUACUAUCAAAAGGUUUCUAAUUGAAAGGAUCAUUUAUACUCCACUAUUUCAAGCUUUCUUCCUCUAUAUGUUAGCUAGAUUUGAAGGUAAAGAUCAUCAAACUGCUAUGAGGCAAAUACAAUCCUUAUACUGGACAGUGCUCACAACAAGUUGGAAGUAUAUAACUAUUAUUGAACUCAUGAAUCAAAUGGUAGUUCCACCUAUGUUACGUGUUCUUGUAUCAAAUCUGAUAGCAUUCUUCUGGACAAUUUUCAUCUCAAACAAGAGGAGGCAAGAAGAAUUGAGGGCUAAUAGGAAAAUAAAAAAGUGAUUCCUUGCUGACUCUGAUAAAUAUGGGUGAUAAGUAAAAAGCAUUUUUAUAAUUGAUUCUUGCAUAUUUAGAUUUCUUAUAUUGUAUGGGUUUUCAAUGUCUGUUAUAUUGUUUUUUGAAUAAAGAGAUUUUAUAUAAUUACUUAA